AUGACCAAAAGCCUAGCAGGAAAGACCAUUGCCAUUACUGGCGGAUCCUCUGGCAUCGGCUUGGGGAUUGUGAAGGCUUUGCUCUCGUACAAAGCCCACGUGGCUGUGGCUGACGUGCAGGAAGUACCUGCGGAACUGGCCAGCUAUCUAGACAAGCAACUCACCUUCACCAAGGUGGAUGUACGGUCUCGAGCCGAAGUCCACAACUGGAUUAAACAGACAGUGCAGAAAUUUGGCCGUCUCGACGGAAUUUCUGCCAAUGCAGGAAUAUGUAUUUGGGAAGGCGGCAGUGGGGCCACCGCCGACGACCUGUUCCAACACGUGUUUGAUGUCAACGUCAAGGGCGUUUGGAACACAGUGACCGAGGCCUUCUUCCAGUUUGAGGAACAAAAGUCGGGUGGUUCCAUUGUGACGACCGCAAGUGGAGCAGGACUUAGGUCUUACCCAGGCAAUCCAGCCUAUAGUGGUUCCAAACAUGCCGUCAUUGGCUUGACGAAGACGUGGGCAGCGACAUGGGCUUCAAAGGGUAUUCGUGUCAACAGCAUUGCUCCAGGUAUCGUCUCGACGCCGUCCCAGCAGAAAAUGACAGUAGACAUGGGUGGUACGCAAGCAGGAUUGGAAACUGCAGUGCCGAUUGGUCGACUCGGUCAACCAAUUGAGAUCGGCGAAGGUGUCGCCUAUCUACUCAGCGACGAAGCUAACUUCGUGACGGGGCAGACGUUAGUGAUCGAUGGUGGCUUGAUGGCUUAA